GUGAGGUUGCUGUCUCCCUUUGGCUUCGUGGUCUCCGCGCCCUGUUUUCUCUUCCGGAGAUGCUGGAAGGAGCCGGAGCUCCCCUAGGCUAGGGCAGCCGAGAGGCGGGGUCAGCGACGCGAAGCGACAGCCGAACGGUCGGAGGUGUUUAAGUGAUUGGAUGGGCAAUCACUUUCAACUUUUUGGGGGAGCUGUUUCUUUCAGUGAUUAGUUUUAUGAUGAUCUGAAGAUAUUUCCUGGAUGUGGACUGUAAUUUUUCAAAACCACGGUGUGGCAAAAGCACUGUAUAGCAUUUGUUGAAAAAUGUUUGGGAGAUUGACUCUUCCACAACUGCUUUUUGCUAGCAUCCUCGGAAUUGCUGGAGGGAUGUAUAUUUAUCAACCAGUAUUUGAACAGUACUACCGAGAUCAGAUGGAAUUAAAAGAAAAGUUGAAAUUGGCACAAGAAUCAGAAGAGAAGAAAAGUUAAUACUACAUGGAGUUGAAAUGUAAUUGUUUAAAGUUCUAUUGAAAUUAUACAUUGACUAUAAAUAAUCUAGUAAAAACUUCUCAAGUAUAUUUUAAACACAAAUAAAUCAUAGGUAAUGAUUUUAAAACAA